UGACCAACCACUACUAGAACUACUAUAAAAGGGCCAUCAUCCUUCCUGUUUGCUCAACCAGAGAUCACUGAAGAAAAUCUAGAAUUGCGAAACCUAACUAUUUGGUUCUACCUAUCUAUCUAUGGCAAUCAAGGUCCACGGUAGUGUUUUCUCCCCAGCAGUAUUGCGGGUAUUUGCAUGUCUUAACGAGAAAGACUUGGAAUCAGAAUAUGUUGAAAUUAACAUGCGAGCAGGAGAGCACAAAAAGGAAUCCUUCCUCGCCCUCAAUCCAUUUGGUCAAGUACCUGGUUUUGAAGAUGGGGACUUGAAGCUCUUCGAGUCAAGGGCUAUAAACCAAUACAUCGCUCAGGCUUACGCGGACAAAGGGAACCAACAACUGACGUUCGUACAAGAUGCAAAGAAGAUGGGGCCGGUGUACGUGUGGAUGGAAGUGGAGGCUCAGAAAUUUGACCCUCCAUCUUCAAAGCUGGUGUUCGAGCUGUCCGUAAAGCCCCUCCUGGGCAUGAACACCGACGAUGCGGUGGUGGCAGAGCACGAGGGGAAGCUGGGUGAGAUUCUUGAUGUGUACGAGGCUCGGUUGGGGCAGUCAAAGUACUUGGCCGGAGACUGCUUUACCCUGGCGGAUCUCAACCAUCUCCCUGCUAUCAACUACUUGAUGGGUACGACCGCCAGGAAAGUGUUCGAUGCACGGCCCCACGUGAGUGCCUGGUGCGCUGAUAUCUUGGCCAGGCCGGCUUGGGCCAAGGUCCUGGCCCUGCAAAAGCAGCAUCCCAGUUAAUUUAAUCCUUUUGUUUUGGUUUUAUUCAGAUCAUCUGUCGGGCCGGCCGGCUCUGUCUUCCCGGGUGUCUGUCUUUCUGUGUUUUGUGUUUGUACCGGUGUCCGGAUGUGUGUGGAAGCUUUUGGAGUGUGUGAGGAGGGUCAAUAGCGUCCGUUGACCCACGUCAUCUGACGUGAAGGUCCAUUGGUCUCUGUUGCCCCCUCGUAGAAAUAAGCUCCGUUUGAAUUAGCCGUUUUUAGGGUUAUUUUUAAAAAAUAACACUGUAACAUUUCGUUUUUGAAAUACAAGUCCGUUUGAAUUAA